AUGUCUUCCUACAGAGCGACGAGGACAGCCCUCCGCGCUGUCGUGCGCUCCACGAAACCCCUCAGACCCGCGCCCGCCCAACAAUCGAGGCAUUUCGCGAGCCACCACCCGUCCUCCGGCCUGCCCGCAGCUGCCUCAUCCGGCCUCCUCCAGCAGACUCGCCUGCCCCGCAGCCAGACACAGCAGCGGCAACAAAGACCAUCGCCGUUCGCCGGGCGGCAGGGGGCGGUCCGCACCAUCUUCAUCCAGACGGAGUCGACGCCGAACCCGGACGCCAUCAAGUUCCUGCCGAACCACCGCAUCCUCCCCGAGACCAUUUCGAGCCCCUUCAUCGAGUACAUGAACCCGCGCUCGACCAUCGCGCCGCCGUACCCCUCGCCGCUGGCCGCCCAGCUGAUGAACAUUGACGGCGUCAAGUCCGUCUUCUACGGCGCCGACUUCAUCACGGUGACCAAGGCCGCCGACGCCAACUGGGCGCACAUCCGCCCCGAGAUAUUCGCCCUCAUCACCGAGGCCAUCACCUCCGGUCAGACGAUCGUCAACGUGGCGGAGAAGAAAGAGGGCGCCGCGGCGGACGAGGCCGAGGAGGAGGACAGUCUCGCCUACGACGAGAACGACAGCGAGGUGGUCGGUAUGAUCAAGGAGCUGCUCGAGACGAGGAUAAGACCCGCCAUUCAGGAGGACGGUGGCGACAUCGACUUCCGUGGGUUCACCGACGAGGGUGUCGUCUUGUUGAAGCUCCGCGGAGCAUGCCGAACCUGCGACUCCAGUACCGCGACGUUGAAGAACGGCAUCGAGAGCAUGUUGAUGCAUUAUAUUGAGGAAGUCAAGGGUGUUCAGCAGAUCAUGGACGAGGAAGAAGAAAUCGCCUUGAAGGAAUUCGCCAAGUUCGAAGAGAAGCUGAAGGCUCAGAAGGGCGUCGAGGCAAUUGCUUAA